AGUAGCAGGCGAGCUAGUUCCCGCCGCGGCUGUCGAGCCGGAGGGCGGGACGGAUGAAGGAGCGAUGGACGUAACCCCUCAAUAAUGGGGCACGUCCAUCGCUUCCUCCAGGCCAAUCUGAACCACUCCGCCAGGGCGCAGGAUCUCCUCGUCCACACAAUGGCGGAGUGGUCAAUUGAUGUCGCUGUCGCCGCGGAGCCGUACUUCGUCCCUGCUGAUCAGGAUUCCUGGAUCGGGGACAUCGACGGCUCCGUGGCAAUCAUAAUCAGACAGGCUGCGGCGUUACCCCCCCUGGUGAUGGUGGCUAGGGGAUCCGGUUACGUCGCGGCCAGGGUCGAUGAAACCGUCGUGAUCGGGGUGUACUUCUCUCCGAACAGACAUCUCGCUGAGUUCGAGCGGUUCUUGGGCGGGCUCGAGGCGUUGGUUAAUCGCCUCGGGUCUCGCCCGGUGAUUCUAGCGGGAGACCUCAAUGCCAAAUGGGUAGCUUGGGGUUCCCCCCGCCCGAACUCGCGCGGCAGGAUGCUCUCGGAGUGGGCGAUCGCGGCCGGUCUCUGCCUCUUGAACAGGGGUUCGGUCGCGACUUGCGUGCGAUGGAACGGCGAAUCUCACGUGGAUGUGACUAUCGCAUCUCCUUCCAUCGCACGCCGCACCCGUGGCUGGCGUGUUCUUGAGGGGGCGGAGACGCUUUCGGACCAUCGAUACGUCCGAUUUGAGCUCUCUGCCUCCUCUCGCUCUGCGUCAGCUAUGGUCGCCCGUGGUGAGGAGGAGCUCCCGCGUAGUACGCCUCGAUCAUUCCCCAGGUGGGCACUGAAGCGCCUGAAUAAGGAGCUCCUGGUGGAGGCGGCUGCAGUGGCUGCGUGGGCACCCGUGCCCGCGAGCCCUGUGGAUGUGGAGUCGGAGGCUGACUGGUUCCGGGGAACGAUGUGUCGGACUUGCGAUGCAGCGAUGCCCCGGGUAGGUGGCCACGCUCCGCGUGGCGGUGCGUACUGGUGGUCACCCAAUAUCGCGCAACUCCGUGAGGAGUGCGUGCGGGCGCGCCGCCGGAGCGCUCGCCACCGCCGCCGCCGUCUUCGCGAUGACGACUUUGCGGAGGCGGCGGACCGGCUGCACGCCGACUGCCGUCAAAAGCAAGAGGCGUUGCGGCUGGCCAUCGGUGAGGCCAAAUCUCAGGGCAUGCAGACGCUCCUGGAGACGCUCGAUCAGGAUCCCUGGGGGCGCCCAUACAAAACUGUCCGCAAGAAAUUGCGGCCGUGGGCUCCCCCGAUGACCGAGCGACUCCAGCCUCGGCAGCUGCGGGAAAUAGUUUCUGCGCUGUUCCCGCAGGGAGAGGGGACUUUUCAGCCCCCUUUCAUGGGCACGCCACCACGUCACGAUGGUGGUGAUGCCCCUGCCGACGUGCCCCCUCCGAAGAUUUCGGGGGCAGAGAUCCGUGCGGCCGUGUCAAAGAUGAGGAGGAAGGACGCGGCCCCCGGCCCUGAUGGUAUUCACGGCCGGGUCUGGGAUUUGGUCUUCGGUGCUCUGGGGGACCGGCUUGUGCGACUUUUCGAAGCUUGCCUUGAGUCGGGACGGUUUCCGACCCAGUGGAAGACGGGCAGACUCGUCCUUUUGAGGAAGGAGGGGCGCCCGGCGGACUCACCCGCGGGGUACCGCCCCAUUGUGUUGCUGGACGAGGCGGGAAAAUUGUUGGAGUCUGACACCGAUACUCAUUCCCCGGGGCACGUCCGGAAUAUCGCGAGCGGAGAUGAAGCUCACGGCGUAGGAGUUGGAUACAAAUUUAGGUCAAUGGCUUCCAACUCAUCAACGGUGUUCCAUGGAGUUGCAGAUGUUCUACGCGUACGAAAUAAAAGGGAUAUUCCUUCGAACAUUUUGAUGACCCAACAUUUCAGUGGACAGAUCGUUACGCCCGGUGAUGACGUAAGCCUUCAAUGUACAGCUACAGCAGAAAGACCACCUAGAUUCAUUUGGGAAAGGGACGGUGUGACGAUCACAUCAAAUACUGAUCAAAGGUACACUCUUGGUCAAAUGAUGUCUGGAGUUGGAGUGGUGUCACAAGUGAACAUCACGCGCUCAAGAGUCGAAGACGGCGGGGUCUACUCUUGCACUGCUUUAGAAGGAGACACGAAGAUAACGCAUUCAGCUCGUAUUGAUGUCUACGGACCGCCGUAUAUUCGGUCUCUACCACCGAUAAAAGUACAGAGCGGAGAAUCUUUGAAGUUAAGAUGUCCCUACUAUGGAUACCCUAUCAGCAAACUUGAAUGGGAGCAUAAAGGCGUGAAACUGAGUUCGACUGCUUUACCACAGCACGUUCGUUACAAACGUACCUUUACCACCGGCAAGAGAAGAAGAAGAAAACGACAGCUAUUCGAAAGAGAUGAAAACGGAGUACUGAAUUUACCUAAAGUCGUCAAGGAGGAGAACGGGGAUACAUACACUUGCGUCGUGUAUAGUCCUUCGGGAGAAAUGGCUAGAAGAUCUUUCGAGAUUCAAGUUGUAGAAGCACCGGAAUUGGACGAACUAAGGGUCGGAUCUGGACUGAAAGAAGGUCAAAUAGUACAGAUAACGUGCAACAUCGUCAGUGGAGAUCCGCCGAUCUACUUCUCCUGGCUGAAGGAUGGGAAGAAGAUACCUCCUAGUUUGAAAAUCACAGAAAGGAGUUCUGAGCUAUUCAGCGUGCUUAUUAUAAAACGGGUAGCUUUGGAACACUGUGGAAAGUAUACGUGCAUCGCCACCAAUCACGUGGGGAAGGUGAACCAAACCACGGACCUGUACAUCAGUGUGGCGCCAAAGUGGGUGGACGAGCCAACGAAUACAUCCUUGCUAUUAGGCCAAAGAGGCAUGGUCUAUUGCAAUGCGAAUGGAUAUCCAACCCCGCAAAUACAUUGGAUGAAAAGAGACGCGACCCUUGGUAUUUGGAGGCCAGUUUUAGAUUUAGCUGGUGGUGGAGUGAUCAGCUAUCCCAACGGUACUCUUAUCAUUGAGGUUGUCUCUCUGUCAGAUGAAGGCCUGUACGCUUGUAAUGUGGAGAACGGUGUGGGAGAAGCAUUGAACAAGAAAUUGUGGAUUAGCGUUAACAAACCAGUCCACUUUGAAUCUUUAGGAGCUAAUUUGACGACAAAGGCAGGGCUUCCGGUGACCAUUUCUUGUCGUCCACUCGGAGACAGUCCUAUUAGAGUCAAAUGGAGUUUGGACGGCAAACCUUUGGAUUUUCCAUCGUCAAGAAUAACAAUCUCCGAGACGAAUACGCAUAAUGGGCUGAGCAGUGUCCUAAAUAUUAACUACGUGGAGAGUCGUGAUCGGGGCUACUACGAAUGCCGAGCUAGUAAUCCUUACGGCGUCGCUGCUUAUAAUGUGAGGCUUAAUAUUCUAGAGCCACCAUCGUCUCCGGUGGAAUUGCAAUUAGAUCACGUGUCUGGUAGCACAGCCAAAUUGUCUUGGAGGGACACGAUCAUUGCGCACGUGGAGUACUACACUAUCCAGUUUACUAACAACGACUUCAUGAUGUGGGAUUCAGCUAAGACCGUUAAUGUUACCAGAGAAGAUGGCCUCAUUCGUCAGACUGUGGAGCUUACUGAACUUCAACCGUUUACGGAGUACCGGGUGAGGGUUGCAGCUGGAAACCAAGUAGAUUUGAGUUCUUACACGCAACCCAUUCAUUUCACGACGCAGCAAGAAGCGCCCUCGUCAGCUCCCAUGGGAGUACAAGUGCAACAGUCUGAUUCUCCUGGAGAACUAAUGAUUCGUUGGCAGUCACCGCCCCGGGACACACAUAAUGGACCUUUACAGGGAUAUCACGUAAAGGCCGUGCCAUUUAUUAGCGGGGAUUCAGCUCCGAAUGAGUCUCAAACGAAAAUGAUAAAAGUAAUCGCAAGGAACGGCAAACAGGAAACAGUUCUGGGUGAUCUACUCAAAAACGUGAGGUACGGAGUUUCAGUGAGUGCUUUUAAUUCAGCAGGGAACGGACCAUUCUCUGUGCCAGUCUAUCAAACGACUAGAGAAGGAGCGCCAGAACAAGCUCCAUCUGGUGUGGAAUGCAGAGGAGUUUCAUCCACGUCAUUGAGAGUCAGCUGGCAACAGAUAAAUUCACGUGGAAGUUCUUUACUCGGCUAUUUCGUGUACUACAGUACUGAAGAUGGUUUGUGGUCGAACACAAGCACACCGCACACGGAAUUGUAUAUCCAGGGAUUGUUGAAAUACACGAAUUACUCAGUGAAAGUGGCAGGAUUCUCUAACUACGGACUGGGACCAUUCUCUUAUCCGAUCAUUUGUAUUACGCUACAGGAUGUUCCCGGACCCCCUCCAUUGAUUAAAGUACUGGUAUCGUCAUCCACAUCCUUGCUCGUCAGCUGGAAGAGGCCAGAGCAACCGAAUGGCGAGAUCACGCAUUACACUGUUCACGUUAAGCCAGUUUCCAGUACCAAUGCUCCGCAGAGUUAUAGGGUGGAUGCGACACACGAAUCCACUCUGACACGAGAGUCAUCCUAUUCUAUAACUGGACUGAUCACUGGGAGACAGUACGAGGUGUUCGUUCGUGCCCAUACAACGGCAGGGGAAGGAACUCCGAGUAGGAGAGUCCAUGCUGAUUUAUCUGCUAAAGUGGUAGCAGGAGUCUCAUCACUGGGUGGCUGGGUAGCGGCAGGCGCGGGGAGCUCUGUGCUGUUGGCGUGCACGUGUGUGGGCGUACCGGCACCACGUACCGUGUGGUACAGACACCACCACAUCAUAACCCAUCAUCCCAGAUACACGAGAAACCACGAUGACAGCUUACUCAUUAACAAUAUCGACCAAACUCUAAGUGGCAACUACACAUGCCUAGCGAAAAAUCUAUACGGCUCUGAUUCCGUUUCGUAUGAAGUGACAGUACUACCGACGCCAGAGCCUCCGACCUUAAGGAUUACAGCGCACAAGGAUUCUCUACAAUUACAAUGGGAUCCUCCUAGAAAAAUAGCGGGAAAAGCGCAGAAAAUCAGUUACAACUUGACAUGGAAAGAAGCCGACGGUUCCUGGCAGGACGCUUGGUCCAGUCGCGGGACGACGCUGCAAGGGAUACAAGAGUACACAUUACAAGGACUAAAGUGCGGUACCAAGUACUCUCUGAGGAUCACCGCUGCUAAUAGCGUUGGGUCUUCACAGCCGGCCUACUUUGACGCCAGUACUUUGGGUGGUGUGCCUAUUGCUCCAUCAAGCACCGAAUGGUUUUGGAGCAAUGCUACCCACAUAUACAUACAGCUCAGUGGUUGGGAUGACAACGGCUGCGAGAUCACAAGAUUCGAAGUCGAUUACCGGGAGUACGGAUCGAAGAGUUGGAGACGGGUGGAUACUGGAAUUCCUCCCAUAGAACAACAAUGGAAUUACAUGUCCUCGAUACUAAAUCAGCCGAACUCAUUCGUGAUCGGAGAUUUGAACGCCGCCCAGUGGUACCAGAUUCGGGUUUCCGUCGAGAACUCAGCGGGAGUUGCCACUUCGAUUUAUAAUUAUGCGACUUCUACAUUGUUCGGUGAGACAAUCGGCCCUCCUUCAGAAUACUUUGACAUUAACAUGUUAGUAAUCAUAUGCAGUUCUAUUCUGCUGAUUAUAUGCUCAAUAACAUGCGUUUAUAUUCUGGUAAAGAGGCAUAAUCAUAACAAUAUGACAGAAUAUCGGAAUUCCCUAACGGUUGAAUCUAAGUCGGAGCGUAGUGAUGUGCCAGCGAAUACUCCUCAGAGCGUACCUUCGGAUAUCAACAACAGAGUGUACAGUACGCCGGUACAUUUGACUGCCGAUACUAAGCACGAACUAUACGAGAUAAGUCCUUACGCACAGUUUGCGUUGGGCUUCAGAACCUUUGGCCACGUGGAAAAUCAAGAAGUACCGAGCAGAAUUCAUUUGCCGAGUAACAGCAAGUCAAGAUAUGAUACUGAAACCAGCUUCCAAAUGAGAUCGGAGUCAGAAGAGAGCGAUUGCAUCUCGAGGACGACAACUUUGAAGAGUGCUCCUAGAAAGGCUUGCCGAAUACCACACCACAGGUAGCUGCAGUAUCGAAACGAAAUCAAAUGUUCUAGUCCUAAUCAUUGAAAGGUUGUGUUCAUAUCAUUACCUCUAAGUGUUUUAUUGUAAUUUCAAUAUUUUUUAAAUUGAUAAUAGUACA